AUGGGUGAUCCAGAAGAAGAGGACUACAUGUCGGACGCGUUCCUCAAGAAACUUGAUUCUGCACCGCCCGGUUUGGUUACUGUCCGAAGUGUAGCACGAGAUCGGUAUAGGGAAGAAGCCUCAAAGAAGGGUACACAACUGUCAAAAACGGUGAAAGAGGCUGUUCUUCGCGAAGAGGGGCUGAAGAAGCAUGUGGAUUCUUCCAACAAGGGAUUUGGAUUGCUGCUCAAGAUGGGAUAUCAGCCUGGACAAGGUUUGGGAAAAAAUGCGGAAGGAAGGUCAGAACCGGUACCCAUUGAGAUUCCCGAUGGACGUGGUGGCCUUGGUUUGGCCAGUGCCAUGAAAGAAAGGCUUCAUGCGGUCAGGGAGAAACGGCGACUUAUGCUAAAAGCAGAGCAAGAACAGUUCCGAACGUUUAUGGCCGAAAAGUUCAAACAGUGUCGGGUACGCAAUCAGUUGGUAGCUGUACGAAGCGUAUGCUACCAGCUGGACAUGGAAAAAUCCAUCACUGUUCCAAUUCAUCCGUACUACUGGCCAAUCCAAGCGGACAAGGAGGAUACUGAAACGAGAGAAGACACCUCCAGUGAAGCCGAAGUGGUACCAAAGCGUCGACGGGUGGAACACAGGAACUUUGAUCUGUCCGACUUGCCUGACGUGCCACCGAAUCCUAACCGAGAGGAAUGUUCGAAUAGUUCCUCCGAGUCUGAAGAUGAAACAGAACGAUAUUCUGAGGAGUUGCUGGGCCGGAUCGUGCGCUAUUUGCGUCGGAAGCACAGUUUUUGUUUCUGGUGCAGUGUCCAGUAUGAUUCCCAAGAACAGCUCACCAGAGAUUGUCCGGGUCCAGACGAGGUAUGUGGUUCGAACCCGAUAUAUGCUUCCCCACUUCUAUCUAGGCUUGCGCAACGUGACAGUAUCCCAGUCCUCGUGCCUUCUUCAGCAUGGCACUACUGCUGA